AGAGCGAUCGACCAGCAAGAGGGGGGCAGUCGCUUCCGAGUGUGCACCUGGAGCACUACGAUCAAAGUACGUUCAUAUAAUCAUAUUGGAUACUCUGUAAGAUAGUGCUUGAGACACAGAUCUCCGCCGCUUCGGUUUCGCGCGGCUCCUCGACAAGCAGAUUGAAGCUCUGAAAAUUUAAAUAAAUCACUUGACGUCUCUCGAACAAAAUCAAGAUGGGAGCAGUCGAAUGGGUAGUCGAUGAGGAUAAUUAUGAGUGCACCCUCUCGGCGGAGCUACAGAAGAUGGCGAAGGACGAACUCAGAGAAGAUAAAAAUACCAGAGAUCAGGCCCUCGAACAGAUGCGUAACUGGAUUAAAAUGAAUCCGCGCAUUCAGAAUUGCCGUCUCGAUGCACGAUUCUUACUAAGAUUCUUACGAUGCAAAAAAUUCAAUGUCCCGAUGGCCCAGGAGGCCGUGGAAAGAUACCUGCUGCUCCGUCAGGUGUAUCGAAUGGCAUUCCAUAAAUUGGACAUUACAGAACCGACAAUGGAAGAAUUACUAUCCUUGGGAUAUAUCUUCGCCGCACCUGGUCGCGAUGCAAAAGGCCGUCGUGUUAUAAUCGCUAGACCAGGCGUAUUUGAUCCUCACAAAUACACGAACGUCGACAUGUGCAAAAUCCAUGCUAUUACUUACGAGGCACUGAUGGAAGAUGAGGAGAAUCAAGUGCGAGGUUUCGUGCAUUUCGCCGAUGGUGCCGGCGUCAGUUUCCCUCAUCUGACACUUUUCACUCCCAAAGAGGCAGUUCGCAUCGUAAAGAACGGCGAGCGCACCGUACCGAUGAGACACAAAGAGGUCCACGGGAUCAACGCGCAUGCGUCGAUAAAAUUCGCCCUCGACUUUGGGAUGUCGUUGAUCUCCGAGAAGAUCAGGAGUCGUGUGAAAAUUUACACAAGCCUCGAGGAUGCUAUUAACCACAAGGUAGACACGAGCAUGCUGCCCAAGGAAUACGGCGGUACCAUCCCCAUGAAGGAGAUGAUCGAUCUGUGGCGGCAAGAAUUAAUAAAUUUGAAACCGACAUUACUGAGCCAUGAUAAGAUGAGCGUCUACCUCGAGCUGUACUCGGAGAAGGCGCGGGAAGGCGCGGUUUCGGCAUUGAAGCAAGGAUUCGGCUGUUCCAGCGUGGGGCCCAACGACACCACGAUGUGUGGCAUAAGCGGCUCCUUCAGGAAGCUAGAAGUCGAUUGAUAUUUCAAAUUCCAUCGUUUCUUUAUAAAUACCGAGGGGGAAACCGUUGACCAAAAUCUUGUACACCAAUGCCCACUAAUGCCCGGUGGGCAUUACU